UUGGACAGUUCUUUCCUGAAUCGCAUCAUAUUAUGGUGGCUCAAUCCAUUAUUUUUAUUAGGUUAUCGCCAAGAUCUCAAGAUUAAUAAUUUAUUCGAAUUGAGUGAAGGCAAGAAGUCGGUGUACUUAACUAGAAAAUGGGAACAACUAUGGCUACCUGUUUUCGAAAAUAAAUUUGGAAAAUAUUUUAGAAUAAAAAAUAUUUUACGUACACACUCAGAACAAAAUGAAAAAGCGUCUAAAAAUUAUCAACUUGAGCCGCCGUCUAUAAUAUGGUUGUUAUUUUUAAUGUUCAAAUAUGAACUCUUGACAGCGACUGGCGUAAAAAUAUUUUCUGAUAUUCUGCAGUUUGCUGGACCUUUUUUAUUGAGCGAAUUACUCACAUUCAUUUCCAUUUCAAAUAUCACAAUUUGGAAAGGUGUAGGCUUAGCAGUGGCUUUAUUCGUUUGCUCACAGCUUCGAUCGUUACUCUUAAAUUAUUAUUUUUAUUUAAUGUUCCGUACUAGUAUUAAAGUUCAGAGUACGCUUACUACUGCCAUCUAUAGAAAAGUUUUAAAAUUAUCGAAUUCAGCAAAAAAGAAUAGAACAAUCGGAGAGAUUAUAAAUUUAAUGGCUAUCGAUGUUGAACGUUUUCAAAUGAUAAUUCCUCAUAUUCAGCAGUUAUGGUCGUGUCCAUUUCAGAUCACAUUGGUAAUACUUUAUUUAUUUUAUAUUCUUGGAUCAUCGAUAAUUUCUGUAGUUGUAAUAAUGAUUUUAUUCAUUCCGCUCAAUAUAUACGGUUCAAUUAUCGUAAAACGAUGGCAAGUUAAACAAAUGGAUUUGAAGGAUCAAAGAGCAAAAAUGUGUAGUGAGGUGUUAAAUGCAAUCAAAAUUAUAAAACUUUUUGCAUGGGAGCCACCAAUGGCAAGAAAAAUUGAAAAUAUUCGGAAAAAUGAGUUAAAAUAUGUUCAGAAAUUCGGUUUUGCUAGAGCAAUUGUUACAGCACUUGCUUUCGCAGUGUUUACUUUAACAAGCAAAAAAAAUAUUUUAACACCUCAAGUUGCAUUCGUAUCUUUAACGCUUUUCAAUCUGUUACGCUCUCCGAUUACUAUGAUUGGCUUACUUAUACAGCAAAUGGUUCAGGCAGUCGUUGCGAAUAAGCGCUUGAAAGAAUUUCUUAUAGCCGACGAACUUGAUCCAAAAAGCAUCGAGAGGCUUCCCGCGGAAGGUUCAUUCAUUGAAGAUACCACUAUUAAAAAAUCUGUCGAAAUUAAUUUAGCUGUUCCUGUGGGAGAAAUCAUUGCUAUUGUUGGUCGAGUUGGAUCAGGAAAAAGCAGCUUUUUGUAUUCCCUUUUAGGAGAAAUGGAUAAGCUUAGUGGUCGUGCAAUUUUAAAAGGUAAAAUUGCUUAUGUUCAACAGCAGCCAUGGAUUCGAAAUUUAUCACUAAGAGAAAAUAUCAUAUUUGGGCGUAAAUUUGAUCAAAUUUUGUAUGAUGAGGUGAUUGAAGCAUGUGCUCUUAAUAAGGACAUCGCGAUGCUUCCAAAUGGCGAUUUUACUGAAAUUGGUGAAAAAGGCGUCAAUUUAUCAGGAGGUCAAAAAGCUCGAGUAUCGUUAGCUCGAGCUAUCUAUCAAAACUGUGAUGUAUAUCUGUUAGAUGACCCAUUAUCAGCUGUUGAUAGUCAUGUUGGAAAGCAUAUAUACGAUAGGGUAAUUGGCCCUAGCGGAUUGCUACGAAACAAAACUCGUAUUCUCGUAACACAUAAUUUAACACACUUGAAAACAAUAAACAAGAUCUUUAAUUAUAUUAAUUUUCGAUCUUCCUCUCUUUCAGUAAAUCCAAUCAGUAAAUCGACUUUGUUUUCAGUGAUUUGCUUUUCUUUAUCGAUAAUAGCUUUAAUGUUGAGUGGAGUUCGAGCCUCUCGCAAUCUUCAUUCACCACUUCUUCAUAAUAUUCUGCGAUCUCCGAUGUUAUUUUUCGAUACAACGCCAAUAGGUCGAAUUUUGAAUCGGUUUGGAAAGGAUAUCGAUGUAAUUGAUCUAUUAUUACCAUUAAAUUUUCGUUAUUUAAUGAUGUGCGUAGUGAAUAUUUUAUCUACAUUCAUCCUUAUAAUCAUUUCCACGCGACUUUUUAUCAUUGUUAUCAUACCACUCAGAAUUUUCGUUCCAACAUCAAGGCAACUGAAACGUUUGGAAAGUGUUCAUCGUUCACCAAUUUAUACACAUUUCGGUGAAACUAUUCAAGGUUCUGCAUCAAUUCGAGCCUUCAACCAGGUCGAUAGAUUUUGUGAAAUAUCUCAAGAUUAUGUUGAUACAUAUAUUCGCGUUAGAUAUCUUAAUUUGAUAUCAUUUACAUGGUUAGCUAUACGAUUGGAAUUAAUUGGCAAUUGUGUCAUAUUUUUCGCCUCCCUUUUUGCGGUCAUAGCUCAAGAUUGGGGGGUGGCAAUAACAGCCGGUACUGCUGGUCUCAGUAUAUCGUGUUCACUUAAUGUGACAGAAGCAUUAAAUUUUGCUGUACGGCAAAUUAGUGAAUUAGAAUCCAAUAUUGUUGCUGUUGAACGAGUAAAAGAAUAUACCGAAACUUCUACUGAGGCUGAAUGGCGAAUUCCUAAUUGUAUAAAAGAAAAAGGUUGGCCGAAUCAUGGCUGUAUUGAAUUUCGCAACUAUUCAACUCGUUAUCGACCUGAUCUGGACUUAGUGAUUGAAAAAAUGAAUAUAAAAAUUCAUCCAGCAGAAAAAGUUGGAAUCGUUGGGAGGACGGGUGCAGGAAAGUCUUCUCUUACCUUAGCUCUUUUUCGAAUGAUUGAACCUACCGAAGGGCAAAUCCUGAUUGAUCAGUUGGAUAUUGCUGACCUUGGAUUGCAUGAUUUACGUUCCAACCUUACUAUAAUACCACAGGAACCCGUCCUUUUUUCUGGAACCCUUCGAUUCAACUUAGAUCCUUUCGAAGAAUAUGAUGAUAAUCAAAUUUGGCAAGCAUUGCACUUAUCGCAUCUUAAAAGUUUUACUGACGAAUUAACAAAUGGUUUAAAUUUCAUGCUUAUUGAAGGAGGUGAAAAUAUGAGUGUUGGACAACGUCAACUUGUUUGCUUAGCUCGAGCCUUACUUCGAAAGAGCAAAGUUUUGAUCUUAGAUGAAGCCACGGCGGCUGUGGAUUUAGUUACUGAUAAUCUUAUUCAGGAUGCCAUUCGUCGAGAAUUCAAAUCAUCAACAAUUCUAACUAUAGCACAUCGACUUAAUACAAUUAUGGAUUAUGAUAGAGUAAUGGUACUAGAAGAAGGUCGAAUUAAAGAAUUUGAUGCGCCACAAGUUCUUCUUUCCGAUCAUUCAUCAAUAUUUUAUUCUAUGGCUCUAGAUGCUAAACUUGUAGAAUAA